UUUCUUUUUGUUGACAUCCGGUAUUGUGGCGUUGGUUACAUUCAUACGUCAUUUGUGAAAAAGUUUAGAUCUGCUUUCUCUCCCUAAACGCGAUUCUCUUCUAUCUUAACACCGUAUAUGGUUAUUAGACUGAUACCAGAACACGAAUACAAAAAUGAUAAAAAGCAAUAUGAUCAAAGCGGCAUGCGCCAUUGCCCUAAUCGCCAUCAUCUUUAACAUCGUUGCCAUAUUAACACCGAACUGGUCCGAGAAUAAAGUAGCUAGUAGCGGACUGUGGAAAGCUUGUGCCAAAACUAUUCCAAUUUGCGGGGAGUACGAUUACAUGGCGGACAUCAAAGACAGAAAAGUUAAAAUCUUCGCUACUGCAGCAUUCGCCAUCAUUGGAUUACUGUGUUCCCUUGUGGGGUUUGCCUUCUCAGUGAUGAUAGUGCUGGAGAACAAAUCGGACUAUAAUUCAUAUAAAAUUGUUUGGGGUACACUUUUUGCAGCAGAUUACUUCAAGUAUUUGAGGUCAUGUUGUGACAAUGUCCAUCCACAGUUUCUUCCCCUUGUAUAUAAGUGUGAUCGUUGUUUGGAAACGCAACAGAAGAGACAAGGGCACUUACUCUCGUCGCGUCCUCGUCUUGUUUAAUAAAGUAUUGACCACAGUAGUUUCAAUUGUAAUGAAAUGUUUCCUUAAUCAAUACUUCGUCAACAUUCUAAAUAGAAGUACAAAUGUUUGUUUUGUGCAGCCAAUACAGGGCUGGCAUUUACCUAGUUCAGUGAUGCUCAACUCUUUUCAACCCUGGGGCCAUAUCAAUUUCCGACACAAAAGUAACGGGCCGCAACUGCGAACAAAAGGUAUAAGAAAAAAGUCUAAUGGAACUGAACUUACGGUUUAUAGGGCCGGAUAACAUCACAUCACGGGCAGUAUGUGGUCAGCGUGCCGUGCUUUGAGCAUCCCUGACCUAAUUGAUCUAAACCUACUAUUAGAGAGGGAAGAGUGUCUUCUGCGAUCAUAGGCGGAUAAAGAUUACGUCACGAUGUUUGCCAACCCUUAAGGUAAUACAUAAAUCGAGUAAAUCUAUUGAAGUAGGUCUAUUAUGACAACAACGGAGUACGGCUAAAGUAUUUUGUUUUGGAAAAACAAUACAACGAAUUGAAAAGAACAUUUCUCUAUGUUUUAACAAAGAGUAGUGCAGACA